GUUCCCUCUCCCAUGUCCCACACACCAAUCGAAGUGCAGUUCGAGAGCCCGCCCUCCGGAUCUGUGCACAGCUCCGACCCGCCUUUCCGGGUGUUCAGCGCAAGGAUGUGGAGAAUCCCUGGCGUCAGGGGUCCCUUUUCGCCGCUGCCGCCCGCCGCUCACACACUCAGCAUUGCGUCAGACUCCAUCUUCAUCAACAGCUAUUCGGGCAACAACAGAAUAUCUAUACCGCUUGCGGACGCGCGUCGGUGGGGCUUGAGGGAGGACAAACGCGUGCAGUUUGCGCGGGCGACCGCACCGAAUGGCCAGCGCUUCUGUUUGAGGUUUAUCUUCCAUGCGGACACGGUGAUGCAGGAAGGCGACCCGACAUGGAACCAGCGGUUUAUACAAGCCCUCGUCGACGAUGCCAAGUUCCAUAUCAAGCAUUUGCAGACAGUGGCGGGGCUGCUAGUGCCACAGAACUAUGGGAUGUGGGUAAUGGAGACGGGUGAUUGGGCGGGCACUGUGUUGUUCAGUCUUACUCAGUGGUGUGGGACACCGUGGAAGUCUUUGUUGAGAACUGAACUGAAUACUAAGGCUAACAACUUGCUCAUCGGCCGCGUCUGUGAGAUGCUGCACGACUUGGGUGUGAAGAUUACUGGCCGCAUGGGCAGCUCCGAAGACUUGUGCCAUAUUAUCCUCGACGUCGAAGAUCCCGCCGUGACAAAAGAGAUGGCCAAGAACGGCGAAGCGCGCUGUUACAUUGUCGACUUUUCUCAUGCAAGGCGACACAAUUGUAAACGCAGACUCCCCCUUGUCCCGCUCGGCAGAGACGCGUUCCGGCUUCUUAUGCAGACCCCGACCUUCUCUUUCGGCUGUCCCGAGCUCGAGAAUAUUGCACAUCUUCUUGAUUUCACACCCCGGGGCCUACAAUAUCCAUCUGAGCCGCCGGAAACGCCCAUCGGAGAAGCGAUGAAGUGGCGUGACGAUUACCUUGCCGCCCACCCCUCGUACUCCAAUGCGGCCGUCCUCGUCGCCCAGCGUGUCGCGCUCUUCCCCAAUGCCCUCCCCGUUUACCCCGGUCUUAAAGUCUCAGGUGUGUCGAAAGAAGACAUGAGUGCGGAACUCACAUUAUAUGAUUGUGGACGCGGAUAUAUCGAUCCUGCCAGCUUGAUCAAAGGCUGCUCACGCGACGAGUACGAGUAUCUUCUGUGGGGCAACAAGAUGGAAGCAAAAGCUAUUGCUAUGGAUGCACAACCCCUACCAAAGUGGCCAGAAUCCGCACCAUCCGGUCAUGACUCUGCCGACACUAGUUAG